UAUAAAUUUACCUAGUUACCACACCUGGGUUCUGUGGCUCACCUCAGCCAUCUCUGCUUCUCUGAUCCUCCUUCUCUGCUUUGCUACAAUCCCAAUUAAGGAAAUGACAGUUCUCUCUUUUACCAGAGGGUGACCACAUUCCACCUUCACCAAAACCAAUCAGUCACAGACAAUGGCUCAUGAGCAGGAGGAAGGCUGGCCUCUGGGUUUGCAGCCAAUGCAUGUAAGAGUUGGGCUGGCUGCUCGAGACCGUGAAGUUUCUGGAUCGGUGUCGUUCAAUACUUUACUGACUGGCUCUCCCACCUCCACCACAGACUCUUCUUCCGAUCUAGAUACAGAGUCCACAGGGUCUUUCUUCCAUGAUAGAAGCAUCACCCUCGGGAACCUUAUAGGAAUCAAUAGCAUUCUAGAGCUAUCAAGAAGAUCAAUAAGAGGAAGAAAGACUGAUCAGAUUUGUAAGGACAAAAGUGGCAACAACAACAACAAAAACAGCACCAAGUUCAGAUUGUGUUUCUUCUCUCUAUGCUCAAGGGAUAGUACAGAUGGUGAGAAUGUCAAUAGUGCUAAAACUCCUCCAUCCCUUGGCCAUUUCCUUGCAGAAGAAAGAAGAGCAGCCAUUGAUGAAUACAGAAGAAACCCUCAAAUUUAUGGACCAGAUGAUGAGCUUGCCAUGGCUCAGCAGGCUGCUACAGAACCCAACUCCCUCUUUGUCAAUGGCCAAGUGGCUCCUCCUCAGUCUAGUCCAUGGUUUGAUUCAGAUGUUGACAGAAGAAAACCAUUGCUAUUUUCAUGCAUGUGUUGAUUGGCUUCUCUAUGCUUGUCUUAAUUUUUGUGUAUCAACCAGAAUUUCAUUUUAUUGUUCUGUUGAGCGUUUAG